AUGUCACAGAAAUUGAGUAUCCCUUUGGUUUUCCUAUUCUGCCUUCUGGCUCUGGGACAAGGUCAACUGCGUGUUUACCAGCCUGGAUGGAUAGGCCUGCAGCAAGAGGCUUCUCUGGCCAAUGUGGGUCAUCUGGUGGAUCAUGUACCCACUGCGGUGUCCCACCAAAGCGCCACUAUUGUGCACCGAAGUGUCCCCAGGAUUACGCCUCUCUUGGCACCUGCCGUGAGGACCACCUAUCUCCAGUAUCCUAUCUGGAGCUAUCCCCUUUACAAUGGAGCCAAUACCCUCUACAGAAAAUAAGCCUCCGCACGAAUCACUGAAUUAAAUUAAACCAUUGGAUCUGAAA